CGCUGUCAUAUGCAACUGGCCAUCACGAGGGUCCUCCCUCUCCUUCUCUCUCUCUCACCCUCUCUCUCACGCGUUCAACCCGCCCCUUUGCUCUCUCUCAAGCCCUUUGUUCCCACGUAUAAAAAACACUCUGCGGACCCCACACCCCCUCCCGCUUGUACAGUUGAUUACUGGCAUGAGACUGCCUUUUCCUUCGCUCUCUACUCUACCUCCUACUCUCGCAAAACCCCCCCGCUACUUUCCCACCCUCAUAUCUCACACAUCCACCACAACCACCCCAUACUACCGCCCGCUCUCACGCUCUCUCUCUCACCCCUCUCAACCACACCACCCACAAGCCAACCACUCCACAACCCCACCACCUCCCUCCUCCAAAAUGUCCUCCCCCGCCCCCGCCCAAUACGUAACAGUCACCCCCACCCCCUCCGGCUACGCGCUCCUCACCAUCCACCGCAACCCCGUCAACUCCAUGAACACACUCCUCUGGUCGCAACUCCAAGCCGCCCUCGACCGCUGCGAACAGGAUCCCAACAUCAGGGGGCUCAUCCUGACUUCCGGUCUAUCCAGGCCCGUGUUCACGGCCGGGAACGAUCUGACCGAGAUCUUUGCGCCCAUGACGAGCAGGGAGCAGUACGCGCGGUUCUGGACCGUGUCGAACCAGUUCCUGGCCAGGCUCUACCGAUCGCCGUUGAUCACCGCCGCUGCGAUCCACGGCGCGUGCCCCGCAGGCGGCACCGCCAUGUCCAUGGCCUGCGACCACCGCUCCAUCUCCCUGCACCCCGCCUCCUCCAUGGGUCUCAACGAGGUCGCCAUCGGCAUCCCCGUCCCCGCCAAAUGGGCCCAGCUCAUGGCGACCCUCACCGGGCAAGGGGAAGCCAACCGCCUGUGCGGGUUCGGGAAGAUGGUCGACGCCGCGGAAGCGAAACGCAUCGGCCUGGUCGACUCGCUUGUCGACGGCGAGGGGAAGGAGGUCGUUGCUGAUGCCGUCAGGUGGAUGGAAAAGACGUUGAGGUUGCCGGAUGUCGGAAGGGUCAUCACAAAGGCCCAUUUCAGGGAUAGGUUGAGCAGGGAGUGGGAGGAUGAGGAGUGGUUGAGAAGCGAGGCCGAGGGCGCCUGGGAAAUGUUGGCCAGUGACGAGGUCGUGACCGUGCUCGGCGGCGUCAUGCAGAGGAUGAGUGGCAAGGCCAAGAUCUAAGAGAACACACACACAAAACUCUGCUCUUUCAAACUCUCAAACUUGUCUGCCGGGACUGGCCCCACUGUCUUUUUUUCUUUUCCGUUGUCUAUUCCUUACGUUUUGAAUCCCUAAAUCCUUUUUCUUGUAAAUACACUCGGAAAAUACACACCACCCAUCUCUAUCCUCCUA